AAAUCAGUCUUUGUUUCAGCCGUAAAAGCAGUCAGACUAUAAUAAAGAUUAAAAAUAAAACUAUAUAAAUCGUUUAGACCCAUAAGCUUCCCCAUCCGGAAUCUGUAAAUAAAAAGCUCAGGGUUCUCGCUCGGCUCAGAAUCCUGCGAUGCAACCCCUCAGCUCUCCCUGUAAACAGCAAGCGUUACUGAUCGCUUACCAGUUGCAGCUUACAACAUAAUAAGUCCAUACACUCUACAGGUCAGUUUGAGUGUCAUAAGUUUACUCGGUCAGUAAGCAGUUAAAACAAUACUCAACCUGUUCGAAGCGCCGCGCGGGAGGAGACACAAGGGGGGAGAUCUCGCUUUCUCUCAAUCAUCUGACCCCUCAACACAAAAACUGUCUCUUUCUCUACAUCCCUCGCGCCGUCAUGGUUAGUAUUUAUAAAUAGCGGACACCUUGUCACAAAAAAAAAAUCGACAGGAUGUUGUAUUUCACGCCUUUACGCAUCCUAAAAAUCCUCAUCACGCGGACAAACACAAUGCCUGUAUUAUCAAUAAUGUAUAUAUAAGGCCCCCCUCCCACCUAACUGAAUGCAUGCACGGUGACUCCUCCGAAACAUGUCACAACUUCCUUCUUCGCGGCGAGCUACAACCGCUCAGAACUACAAUGACCGGUCUACACGCGCUCCACCUGUGAUAUACCACCCCACUGUGAGCGAUCUUGACAGCAUCUUUCAUCAAAAUUCUGACUUUGAUUUCAGGGGGAACGGUUACAUUGAUGCUCAAUACGGGAGAGCUUCACACGCUCUACAAACCCCUAAACGCACUCAGCCCAUGAGUAAAUUGUCUCGUAAGUCGGGUAAAACGACUCUAUUCCCCGGCGUCGCUGCUCAGACCAAGUCCAGUCCUCAGUGUGCAACGUAUGCAGAACGCGAGGAUAACGAUGUAAUUUUCGUCGAUUCAUAUUCCUCAGUGUGCACAGUCUCUGGUUCGCUCGCAGCAAAGCAAGAGGGUGACAAUUCACAAGCAGCUUCCCUUCAGCACCCAUCAGAGGCCUCUCUGCUUACAGAAGCAGCCCCCCUCGGUCUUGGAGGAGAGAAGGUGAAGGUAGAGCCCUUAAACCCACCUCAAACUGGUCAAAAAAACCUUGGAACCUCCUCAGAUAAAGCAGCCCCCCUCGGUCUUGGAGGAGAGAAGGUGAAGGUAGAGCCCUUAAACCCACCUCAAACUGGUCAAAAAAACCUUGGAACCUCCUCAGAUACCCCAACCGCCAGACGGGGAACACCCACUUUAAAACGUAAGAGGCAACUAUCCAAUUUGGUGAAGCUACAAUCUACCGCCCUGAGGUAUCAAAAAGCCAUCAACAAAAACUUAUCCGGAUCAAUUAAAGCCCGGAGGAUUAUGAUAGAAGCGGUGGAGAGUAUUCAGAAAAUUCCACUUUCCGGUCGCAAAGGAGGGUUCCACAUGAGGAAAAGCUCUGAACUUCUGAGAACCUGCAAGUGUCUGCUGGACGAAACCGCCAAGACGUCAACGCUACAGUAGAGUUAACCUUUUAAACCGUGACCUCUGUAAACAUGGAUAAUCAGCCAAUGAGGAAUGCAUUGUAUGAAAUUGUUGAAGCUGUGAAUGAACUCCGUAAUCUCCCUGUACACCCUGCAACCGAAUUUCUCAAUCUAACCCCAAAUUCCCCCGUCAGAACUCAGGGUCCAGAUUUGGAUCUUGAACGUUUACUGUCUGUAGAACGAGCCGUCCAACGAUUAAACGAUUCUUUCUCUCA